CUGCUGCACAGCACGAUGAAGCGCAUUCUGGGUCGCCUGAUGGGUCCUGGCCGCCGCUUCGCAUCCAGAUGACGCAUCGAGCCCCAAAUCCUAACCUCCAAGGUUCUGAAGGGACUGAUAUUUACCUCGGGAUUUUCUCGCACGAAGAGGCUCAUAAGAAAACGUGGACAGAUGGCAGUGGUAUCGUGCGCUAUAUUUGGGACAUGAACGCCGACAAGAGGAGCCAAGCCCCAGAUGUCGAGACCAACUCUUGGUACGAAACGUAUGUGCAGAAGAUGAAGCCGCAAGCGAAAGCGAAUGGAGUGGAGCACGACCACCUUGGAUCUGGCGAAUUCGGUAUGCUCCUAUCGAUUGUGAAACCAGAGGAUCCGGAGAUAGACAUAUACAAGAGAGGCGGGGAGCUCGUGUUUCUGUCCAACAAACCUAUCAUAGAAUCUUUUGAUGACAUCUUGAUGGUGGUGUUCAUGUGGGACGAACAAGUCAACUCCGAGGUUAGUCCUGGACGAACUAACAACGGCCUGGAAAAGGACGAGUACGAAGUUCGUGGUAUCCAUAAGAACCCGCGUUACGCAGGUAAAAAUGCGCCGCAAUACAAAGGCAUAUCCCCUCUGCUGAUUUCCUACACCGGUCUUCUCGUAAAGGACCUCCGCAGGAGCUCGGCUUCCAGAGAUGAAUAUCCUAUCUUGUUGAAUGGAGAGGAGAAGAAGGCCUUGCACGUGAGACCCCGAAAGGAGAUGCUUGAAAUUUUGAUGACGAAGUUUUUCCCAAAUGGCAAGGAUGACUUUACGAGGGAUUUUUAUUGUCGAGAUUCACUCCAAAUGGGUAAGGGCAAAGACGGAGAUGGGCACUGCGUGAUCCCUGUGGAUAAGCUCGUAAAGGUGGCCGAAGACUCCGAGAUUACCCGGAUGGAAGCCAAACCUUCUCCUGAAUCCACGGACAUGGAGAUGCAAGAUCAUGAGCAGGGCACCACCGCGGACCCUCCCGUUGAGGAGUCUUCUUCUAAGCGAAGGAGGCUCUGAACGUGAAGCUGGAGGAUUACUUCUUAACUCUAACUCUUUAUGUUGAUUAAUCGACAACAAAAAGAAGAACAACAAGGGAUCAUCAAAUUUUUCAAGAUUUCAUAGCUACUUAUAGUAAACAGCAGUUCACAAAAAUCGCAUAAUCAGAUCUAAAUCCAGAAGGAGCCGGAUUAAUAUUGGACUUCUGCUUCUGCAUAUGGCUGACCACAACUGGCUGGCGCUACAAAAAAGCUGCCAUGUCAUUAUCAGUGAUUACGAACUAAUGAGCAGGGAUCGUCGAACCAACGAGGAAAAGUAUGUUAUAUGCCAUAAUAAAUUAGCAUGGUCAGGGAAAAAAUUUUAGGCAUUUUGCCGACCCAGAGUAGAUUCAAAUCAUCAUAUGCCAUAAGCAUACCCGUAUGACAGGUUAUUUGAGUACCGAUGAAGUUGAAUAGCAUCAAACCAUUCCAGGAGCUAUACAAAGUUAAAGACUCUUAGGCAUUUGACGUCCACAAGAAUGGCAAUGGCGUAAUAAAUAUCCCUUUUUUCCGCCAGAAUUCUGUGCCCCCACAUGAAAGUGGCCUGCUCUUCCUCCAUGGGACGAGGAAAGCAUUUUUAUGCCGCUUCAUCCAAAUGAGUCCCGGCCCAAUCGUAACACCAGGGUUGCAAAGACAUUUAAGUGCCAGACUGUUCUUGCAUCAAAGUCUCAUGCUUGAUAAGAUAAAGC